AUGCAUAAAAGGCAGUUCGCCAAAAGGAAAAACAACAGAAAUCAUGAGUGGAAAGCUUCAUAUCUUUCUCCUCAGAUUAUUUUCUACGAGGAGAGGAACUUUAAGGGACGCUCAUAUGAGUGCGUCGGCGAUUGCUCAGAAAUCACGUCUCACCUGAGGCAAUGCAGCUCCUGCAAGGUGGAGAGUGGGAUUUUUAUGGUCUAUGAGCAACCCAACUUCAGUGGACUGCAGUACCUCCUCACCAAAGGGGAAUACCCCGAGUAUCAGGAAACAAUUGGGUUUAGUGACUGCAUUCAGUCCUGCCGAAUCGUCCCUCAGCACACCGGACCUUUCAAAAUGCAGAUCUACGAAAAAGCUAAUUUUGAAGGCCGGAUGCACGAGCUCACUGAUGACUGUGACUCCAUUCAGGAAAAUUACAGCAUGUCAGACCUGCAGUCGUGCAAUGUGAUGGAGGGCUACUGGCUAAUGUUUGAGAUGCCCAACUUUGAGGGUAGGAUGCUGUACCUGAAGCCAGGGGAGUACAAGAACCUCAGAGAAAUCAGCAACAACAUCCGAUUCAAGUCAGUCAGACGCAUCAAAGAGACCUAA